UUUUGUCCAAAAUUUAAACCUUUUUCAACGUCGAGUGAACAUUUGUUUCAACCCAAAAUUGUGUAAAGUAAUUUAAAAUUCAAUAUUUGUAAAAAUGAAUGAUUGGGUCGAUCCAGCAAUUGUCAUUGGGCGGCAGAUAGAACCACUUUAUGAAGAAUUUUUGAGUAAAUUUAAUGAGGUAGACGUUGUGAUUUCAACAAAUGAUGAUAUUCCGAUUACGUCUGGACGCACCGCAAAACUCACACGUUUCGUUCACAAUAGUCGAAAUCCUGUUGCCUUUGAGUUUAAUUAUCAAGAUACUGAUGUGGGGGUGGCCUGGGAAACUGCGGAUAAAAUCUUUUUAAAAUCGAAAUGCCCUCGCUGCGAUCAACGAAUUUUAAUCAAUGAUUUGGAACAUUUAGCUGAUCACUUUCAACCUUAUACGGAAUCCACACAUUUAAGAGAAUUUAUGUUAGCAAAUUUCAAGGUCGAUGAAUCGCUUGUAAAAUUUGCUAAGCGUUUUAAAAGGUGUUGCACUGAAUUUAAUCGCAUACUACAUGAUCAGUUGGCCAUUUUUAUGAAUGAUCACGGUUGGUACCUCGUUAAAAUAUCAGGCUUUUUCCCAUCAGACCGUGGUUGCAUGUAUAAAUUUGAUGAAGAUUACGAAUUCCAUAGUAUUGAUGGUCACUUUGGUGCAUCAAAAAAUGUGCGUCUUUAUUUUAAUCAUUGCGAAUUAUGUGACACUUAUAUGCUUUAUGGCACAUACAAGAAACAUAUUAAACGCUAUCACAAGACGUUUUUACAUCCCGUUAAACAAAAAUGGAUUGAAGAUUGGUUGACUUGUGCCAAAAUUUGA